GGCGGAAAAGGCGCACUACACUUAGGAAGAGGACGCAAAAGUUUUUUAUUAGACGAUUUAAGAACACAGAACCAUGCAUUUGAUGCAGACGGCAUUUCUAUAUUAUGCUGUAUUUUCUAUGGUAGAGGGUGCCAUUGGGUUUAAUCAAAGAUGUCCUAGAUCGAAUGAAUGGCAUUUCAGAAGAAAAAACUGUACUUCUCCAGAUAAACCCUUCUACGCAUGCCUGUACAAUGAAUUUAGUUUACAAUAUUCUGAAAACUGCACAAGGAAAGAAUAUGAAAGUAGAAAAGGAACAAAAGUUGUUUUUAGUCCUGCAAUAAGCGAGACGGACUGUGCAGACAGCAGAUUUCAACCACAUAAAUUCACAACACUUAGUUCUUCUGACUGUAUCUAUGCAAAAUCUACCUGCAGCGAGGAGGGUCAAGUCCUAGAAAAAAAUGGGUCAAGUUUUGUUGACAGAAGCUGCAGAUGUGAUUAUAGAAAAGGCUACAAUUAUAUUACACAGCCAAAAGACAAGUGUUCCUGUGUUCCUUCACUGGAAGAUUGCUCUUGUUACCUUACAAAUUGUACAGGACACUCAGCUUUAACACAAGAUUAUGAUUGUGUUCUGAAGAUAGAUUCAAGAUCAGGUUCUAUAGUUUGUGGAAAGAUACUAAAUGGGUAA